UCCACGGCCCCCUCAAUGGGCGGGGCCGGGCCGGGCGGGGCUAUAAAGGCCCGGGACCUGUGUCAGGGCAACCCUCCCCAGUCAGCGAGCAGCAGGACCCUCUUGAAGCCGAGCAUCUGGAUCGAUUCUCCCCGCUUCACUUCCGAGGACACCAUGGGCAAGGAGAAGACCCAUAUCAACAUCGUGGUCAUCGGCCACGUGGACUCGGGCAAGUCGACCACCACCGGCCACCUCAUCUACAAGUGCGGGGGCAUCGACAAGCGGACGAUCGAGAAGUUCGAGAAAGAGGCGGCCGAGAUGGGCAAGGGCUCCUUUAAGUACGCCUGGGUGCUGGACAAGCUGAAGGCGGAGCGGGAGCGGGGCAUCACCAUCGACAUCUCCCUGUGGAAGUUCGAGACGAGCCGUUACUACAUCACCAUCAUCGACGCGCCCGGACACCGCGACUUCAUCAAGAACAUGAUCACAGGAACCUCCCAGGCGGACUGCGCGGUGCUGAUCGUGGCUGGCGGCGUGGGCGAGUUUGAAGCCGGCAUCUCCAGCAACGGGCAGACCCGGGAGCACGCCCUGCUGGCCUACACCCUGGGCGUGAAGCAGCUCAUCGUGGGGGUCAACAAGAUGGACUCCACCGAGCCCCCCUACAGCGCCCGGCGCUUCCAGGAGAUCUCCAAGGAAGUCGGCGCCUACAUCAAGAAGAUCGGCUACAACCCCGCCGCCGUGGCCUUCGUGCCCAUCUCGGGCUGGCACGGGGACAACAUGCUGGAGGCCAGCGCCCACAUGCCUUGGUUCAAGGGCUGGAAGGUGGAGAGGAAGGAGGGCAAUGCCAGCGGUGUCACCCUGCUCGAGGCGCUCGACGCCAUCAUCCCCCCGUCCCGUCCCGUCAACAAGCCCCUCCGCCUGCCGCUUCAGGACGUCUACAAGAUCGGCGGCAUCGGCACCGUGCCCGUGGGCCGGGUGGAGACGGGCUGCCUGAAGGCGGGCAUGGUGGUCACCUUCGCGCCCAGCAACGUCACCACGGAGGUGAAGUCGGUGGAGAUGCACCACGAGGCCCUGGCCGAGGCGCUGCCCGGGGACAACGUGGGCUUCAACGUGAAGAACGUGUCGGUGAAGGACAUUCGCCGCGGGAACGUGGCCGGCGACAGCAAGAACGACCCCCCCAUGGAGGCGGGCAGCUUCCUGGCCCAGGUGAUCAUCCUCAACCACCCGGGCCAGAUCCAGGCCGGCUACGCCCCGGUGCUGGACUGCCACACCGCCCACAUCGCCUGCAAGUUCGCCGAGCUCAAGGAGAAGAUCGACCGCCGCUCGGGCAAGAAGCUGGAGGACAACCCCAAGGCGCUCAAGUCCGGGGACGCCGCCCUGGUGCACAUGGUCCCCGGCAAGGCCAUGUGCGUGGAGACCUUCUCCGAGUUCCCUCCUCUAGGCCGCUUCGCCGUGCGGGACAUGCGGCAGACCGUGGCCGUGGGGGUCAUUAAGUCGGUGGAGAAGAAGGCGGCCACCGCGGGCAAAGUGACCAAGUCUGCGGUGAAGGCCAGCAAGAAAUGAAGGGCCGCGAACCUCUCCCGCAAGGCUGGUGGCGGUCGGUGUGGGGCCGUCUGGGAAUAAAAUGGAACCAACCCUUCUUGCUGUCGUUUGGUCUAGUCAGAUUAUUCAGUGCUUCCUAGGGGCAGAGCAUUGUACUGAGCCCCACGGUCGGUCCGUUCCACAUAAGAGUAAGGUUUCUUUUUUUAA